AUGUUCUUGCGGCAAGGAGCAUGUCUUCUCCUGCUGUCGUAUUGUUCUUCGAUAGAGUUCAGCGACGAGUUAAUGACAAAGUAUCGUGAAAAGGUUCGAGAGAUGUUCUAUCAUGCUUACAAUGGCUAUCUAAACCAUGCUUUUCCCCUAGAUGAGUUGAAGCCAAUUACUUGUAAAGGUCAGGAUACAUGGGGAUCGUUCUCACUUUCCCUGGUAGAUGCUUUGGAUACUCUUGUUGUUAUGGGUAACACAACCGAAUUUCGUCGUGCGGUUGAUCUCGUUUUAAAAUCCGUACGAACCGAUGCCAAUGUCAAUGUUUCUGUUUUCGAAACAAACAUUCGGAUAGUUGGAGGACUCAUUUCGGCUCAUAUGCUCAGUGGCCGUGUUGAAGGAAUGGUAUUGGAGGAUGGUUGGCCUUGUUCUGGACCAUUGCUGAGAUUGGCUGAAGCUGUGGCCGCCCGACUCCUACCAGCCUUUAACACAGAAACUGGAAUGCCGUAUGGGACUGUCAAUCUCAAAUAUGGAGUCCCUAAACGUGAAACGCCUAUAACGUGCACUGCCGGGGUUGGAACAUUUAUCGUAGAGUUUGGAGCGUUAUCACGACUCACAGGCGAUCCUCAGUUUGAGAGAGUGGCGCUGCGAGCGCUGGAAUCUUUAUGGAGAACGCGAUCUUCCUUAGGACUUGUGGGCAAUCACAUUAAUGUUCGAACAGGACAGUGGACUGCUACCGACACUGGAAUAGGUGCUGGUGUGGAUUCCUAUUUUGAAUAUCUUGUUAAGGGUGCUCUUCUACUGCAACGACCCGCACUUAUGGAGCAGUUCAAAGUGUACUUAUCCGCAAUUAAUCGCUACGUGCGCAAAGGAGACUGGUUCCUGUGGGUGAAUAUGCAUAAGGCUACCGUUUCUUUACCUAUAUUCCAAUCACUGGAAGCUUUUUGGCCUGGAUUGUUGACUAUGGUCGGUGAAAUAGAAGAUGCUUCUCGAAUUAUGCAUCAGUAUUCUCAAGUUAUUCGGCAGUAUGGAUUUCCACCUGAGUUCUAUAACAUUCAGAGUUCUAUUUCUGAGAAACGUACAGCUUUCCCGUUGAGACCAGAAGUUGCCGAGAGCCUGAUGUACCUCUACAGGGCAACGGAAGAUCCGCAUUAUUUGGAACUUGGAGCUCAGUUAGUUGAAGCUAUUGAGCAUAGUGCAAAAACAUCAUGUGGUUAUGCUACAGUCAACAACGUUAACGAUCAUUCAAUAGAGGAUAGGAUGGAGUCGUUCUUCCUUGCGGAGACCACGAAAUAUCUGUACCUUUUGUUUGAUCCAUCAAACUUUUUGCAUAACGAUGGGAUGAAAGCUAGACUUGUGGACACGCCUAACGGAGAGUGCGUCAUAGAUGCUGGGGGCUACAUAUUCAAUACCGAAGCUCAUCCCAUCGAUCCAGCUAUUGUGCACUGUUGUUCAGCGCAGAGACAAGCUGAAAGGGAAGCAGUGCGAAAGUGGGAAGACCAUUACGAUCUUCUCUCUAUUCUUGAUCACCGCGAUUCUAUAUCAGCAAAUCAUCUGAAUAAGGAAACGCUUCCCGAAUUUUUGGCUGGUUUGAAGAAAAUCCGUGAAGAUCCUCAAUACUUCGAGCAAGCUAAUAACGUAGAUGAACGCCGUGAAGUUGUGGAGAUCGAAUUUGAAAUUGAUGAAUCUUUUUUAAAGGGAAACUCAGAAGUGGUAGCGGAGGAAGAAGAACAACCCAUAUUUAAUCAGUCAGCGAAUGGAGGCACAGAAUCUCUUAAAAAUCAGAAGGCACAUGAAGAAGAAACAUCGCAGCCUGGCGUUUCCACACAGGCACCAGAUGAUGUAGAAACAGUCGCUCAAAUUCCAUCACCAGUAGUGCGAGAAUCUCAGAGAGAGGAGAGAACUACACCACUACCUGACAGUUCAACAGAGGCGCCAAAGGAAGAGGCAUCUACUCAAGUCUCAUCGUCGGAAGAGGGAGAAUCCGAGACGAAGGAGGGAACCACACUACCUGACAACUCAACAAAAUCACCAGAGGAGAAAGAAGAAUUUGCAGAAGUCUCAUCAGUUUCGGUAGAGGAGGAAUCCGAGAAAACAGAAACAACGAAACCAGCCACACUGAAGCCUCCUUCAAAAGGUAGUGCACUUAAAAUGUGGAGGACAAAACUAACAGAGAAGGAUAUUCUGGAGAAGGUGCGUGCACUGAUUCAUCAGGCAAGACUUCACGACGAAGAGAAACAGGAGCAAGGAGAGAUUUCGAACUCUGCCGAAAGACUUGUCACUACCAUGAUGAAGAUACAUAGUGACUACGCUGAUUUGAUCAAAGAAGCAAAGGAACUUGAUGACGACUACUUUGAAGAGGUUAAACGCCGAACACAACUAGCAAAAUUGAUGGCUACAAUCCCGGUGGUGACAGCGAUUUGCAGGAAUUGUUGCUAUCCAACGGAGGAAAUUGGUGAAAGUGCUGCGUAUCGUUAUUGGAUGAAUUCUGUGUACAGAACUCAUAUUUAUCGAAGACGCGGGAUUGAUUUCGAGGUAGGUCCUUUGUGUUGGCCAGAUGAAGAGCCACGGAUCGAGGACAACUAUAGGAAUGUUGCCCCAGAUGUAUCUAGAGACACAUGGAUUCCUGGUGACGUACCCAUGGAGGUGUUCUAUUUUCCGCCUUCACUGACCAAUUUUGAGAUUGCUGAUGUAGUGGAUUACAACUUCGAUCUGCUUUUAACUCCUCCAGUUGGAUUUGGAUACAAAUUUAUUGGACUUGGGCAAGUGUCGUUGCCUAUGAUAAGGCGAUGUUUAUGCUCAACGGUAUGGAGACGCUACUCGAUCAACGCAUUCACAACUCGUACGCAUAAUUGUGGCGAGCUAUCGAAGAAGGAUGAGGGAAGGAAGGUUUGUGUCAUGGGUUGGCUUGCUUAUAAAAGAAUGAAUCGUUUCCUCGUAUUGCGUGACUCAUAUGGAACUGUACAGGCCAAAGUUAAUCCGGAAUCUGAACUGGUAGAAAUUGUCAAAAAUUUACCUUACGAGUCUAUUGUUCAAGUUGAGGGUUCGGUGAUCGAUCGCGAAGAAAACAAAAAUGUGAAAAUGAAAACAGGAGAGAUUGAGAUUGACGUAACGAGACUGACAGUUCUGAACUAUGCGUCGUCACAAUUACCGAUGCUGCCGGAUACGGAGUCCAGCGAGAAGACCCGACUCGCUUAUCGAUACAUUGAUUUGAGGAGCGAUCGGAUGCAAAGAACCUUGCGAAUGCGAUCCGCUGUUGUGCACAAGAUGAGACGUUUUCUCGUGGAAGAGGCAAAAUUUGUUGAUGUCGAAACACCCACGUUAUUCCGGCGAACACCAGGUGGAGCGGCUGAGUUUAUAGUACCAGCACCUCCUCCAAAUCAGGGUCUAUGUUACUCUCUUCCUCAAAGUCCACAACAGUUCAAGCAAUUGCUCAUGGUUGGCGGGGUCGAUCGGUAUUUCCAGAUUGCUCGGUGUUAUCGUGAUGAAGGUGCUAAAGGCGAUCGACAGCCGGAAUUUACUCAGGUAGAUCUUGAACUAUCGUUCACAAAUCAGGAAGGUGUGAUGGCACUGGUGGAAGAUGUGUUGAUUUCAGCAUGGCCAGAAGAAAUGGAAGAUUUGAAGCCCAGUGCACGUUUUCCCCGUCUUAAUUACAACGAUGCUAUCCGCCUAUACGGUAGUGACAAACCGGACAUGCGCAUACCAUGGAAGAUCGAAGACUGCACUGAAUUGCUUGGUUCUCUGCGAAAUCCACAUUCGAACGAAAACUGGAAGGCGCGUUUGAUUGUUUGCAAGAACCAGGCGAAGAAUAUGUCAAAUUCUGUGAAGAAAGAAUUCAAGCGAGUUUUGGAUAUGAAUAAGUUAUCUAGGCCUUUUGCAAUUUUUGAUCGUAGCAAAGAAGUUUGGUUUAAGAAGAUCGAAAGCUCUAAGCUGAUUGAACGCUUUGAUGUUGAGAACGGCGAUUGUGUAGUCUUCAGCUGGGGAGAUGAAGAAGGGGUUCAGUGGACGCUCGGCCAACUUCGCAACAUGGUGGCGGAUGUUGGAGGCCUUCGAAAACAGAAAAAGGGCUUCGUGAAGAAAUCUGACCAUCGGGUCGGCGGUCUUCCUGUAGUGCGCUUAAUAUCGCGGGAACCCAGUCGCUCACGGCUUUGGUCCAACGGUUGUCGUUAA